AUGGCGAAUAUGUUGAACUCGACAUGGCGGUCCUUUUGGCAUACCAUGACCUCCUAUGACCGGCAUGCCUCCCACGACUCCCCCUACCGUACCGGGGGACACGUCCCUCUCAGCCAAAGUCGCCAUGAGCCGCUCACAUCUGUCGCAACUAGCGCAAUCGAGUCUCGCCCAGAUCUCUCCAACCCCUAUGAUGACGAGCCCACAAAAGGAUCUGCAAGGGCACAAGCAUCCGAAUGGAAUGGCUCCGACGACUUGGGCUCCCCCACCCAUCCCUACUCACCAGGGAUGAGAUCCGUCGCAUCUCAGAAGAGACGAUCGAACGACCAAGGUGAGGGUGCACCGGAGAUUCAGAUGCAAAGUUUCCACGACGGAGCACCACCGCCGCCACCGGUCGCUCACUCCUGGAGGAAGAUCGAGCGCUGGUUAGAACACAAUUAUGAGGAACUCCUUGAUCAGCUCGGUGAAGGAUGUACCCAAAACGAUAUUAACGAAUUGGAGCACGAACUCGACUGCAGUCUGCCAUUGGAGGUGCGGGAAUCGUUAAUGGUCCAUGACGGUCAAGAACGUGGCGGCCUACCCACCGGUGUCAUCUUCAGCGCUAUGCUACUCGACUGCGAGGAGAUCGUUCAGGAAUGGCGGAACUGGAGAAAGGUCAACGACGAAUAUCUCAGCAACGCAACUAUACCACCCGCACCCAGCUCUGCAGCAAGCUCCUCCGCGGCCGGUCCGUCUCAGCAACCCUCAUCCACAAUGUGGCAAUCAGAACUGCUCGACCGUCAGGACUCCCAGCCUCCUGGUGCAGUUCAGAAGGCCUACUCACAUCCCGCUUGGAUUCCCCUCGCCCGUGAUUGGGGCGGCAACAACCUGGCCAUUGAUCUGGCACCCGGCCCCGCUGGAAAAUGGGGCCAGGUGAUUAUUUUCGGCCGGGAUUACGACUGCAAAUACGUGGUUGCCCGGUCGUGGUCUAGCUUCCUCGCGACUCUCGCCGACGAUCUGUGCAGCGGCGACGUCAUUGUUGACGAGGAGACGAAUGAGCUGAAGUUGAAGCAAUUCAAGACCCAAAAUGUGGAGCCCCCAUACCUGGAUAUCUUGCGCUGGAGGACUGAUCAGAAGUAUGGCCGCCGUGUACCUCGCCGGAAGGGCCCCGUACCCAAUGGUCUGGGUGUGAGCGCUUCAGGCAAUCGGUCCAGCAGUCGCGAGUCCCCCUACGGCAGCCCCACGCGCGCCGAAGAACGCGGCCGCUCGCCGCACCGUUUCUCCAAGGGUGGAAAUUCCCAGAGCCCCAAGACGCCAUUCGGCGUGUCGAGCCCUCUUGCACGCGUGACUGAGGAGACCACAAGUCCCGUUGUCACUGCAGGACCCACAAUCUCCGAAGACACCAAGGAAAACAAAGAACCUCAGACUGAAGAUCUCAUGGAGAUUGUAACCCCGCAAAUCUCCAAUAAGGAGAACGAAGGGUUCUCCAAGCCCAAAGAACUUAAGGAAUCCGAGAAAACCGACUCCGCGGAGUCCUCAACCGCCAUUGAGUCGGAGAUCCUUGGCGAAAUGAAGAACGUGGCUAUUUAG